AUGACGGUCGACCACACUGGGAGAGAGACGGCUGUUCCUAUCAUGGCAAAUGACAAAAGGAAGCCUCUGCUGGUCAUGUCAGCUGGUCCCAUAAUGGGCCAUUCUGCCCCGGCACUGCACAUCGGUCGUGAGAUGAUCAAGCGCGGCUUUGAAGUCAUCUUCAUGACGGCACCAGAGUUGAGACCCAGUGUGGAAAAGAUUGGAGCCGAGUAUUGGGAGACCACGCCAUUUUUUCCACCCGGUAGUCUCGAGGGUCGAGAUGCACACCUGCCGGGCCUUCCAAAGCUCCUAUAUGAUAUGAGGAGCUUGUUCAUGGCGUCAAUCGGUCCACGCAGCGACAAUAUGCGCUCUCUACUGGAAAUGGUGCGCGAGCGCGAGCCCGACCGCGACGUUGUGAUUGUCGCCGAGACCGUGUGCAUGGCUCUCGUCCCAUUCACUCUUGGGGCACCCCUUCCCAAGGGCUACAGCCAAUUUCCAAAAAUUAUCGACAUAAAUGUUGUUCCCCUCAUAUCAAGCAGUGAGGACGUUGCGCCUUUUGGGCCCGGUCUCGUCCCCGAUUCGACAGAGUCUGGCCGGGCUAGGAACAGGCUGAUGAACGACAUGUUCUAUCAUCAAGGCCCAUUCAAGCCCCUGCAAGACGAAUAUCUUCAGAUUCUAAAGGACCUCGGCUGUACCAAGAUGCCAGAUUGCUUCAUGUUUGACUCGUGGGUCAGCUCGUUUGACACCACUUUUCAAAUGUGCAGCCCGAGUCUGGAGUAUCCACGCUCCGACCUCCACCCCAGCAUCCGUUUUGCUGGUGCACUGCCCAAGAGAGGCAUUGACCCAAACUUUGAAUACCCAUGCUGGUGGAACGAGAUUGUAGAAAACAGCACGCUGGCCGCCGACGACCCCAAACGGAAGAAGGUUAUCCCCGUGGCCCAGGGCACCAUUGCCACGGACUACAACGAGGUGAUCAUCCCGACAAUUAAGGCGUUUGCCGGCCGAGACGACAUUAUAGUCAUUGCAAUCCUGGGCGUAAAGGAUGCGGUGCUGCCUGCUGACCUCAACGUGCCUGCCAACGUGAGGACGGUGGACUUUUUGCCCUACGACGCCGCCCUCGAGCACGCCGAUGUCUUUGUCAGUAACGGAGGCUACGGCGGCAUGAUGCACGGCGUCAUCAACGGCGUGCCCAUGGUGGUCGCCGGUAUGAGCGAGGACAAGGUCGAGGUCACGGCCCGAGCCGAGUGGGCCGGGUUCGCCGUCAACCUCCGGACGCAGAUGCCGACCUCCGAGGCCAUCUCGGCCGCAGUGGACAAGGUCUUGGCCGACCCCAAGUACAAGCUCAGGGCUACAAGGCUGAUGCAGGAGAAUCAAGACUUGGACAGUUUGUGGAUCAUAGAAAGGGAGAUUAUGAAAUAUGCCAGGAAAGAUUAA